UCCAGCCGCUGUUCGUGAGUAGAGAAGAGGUUCCCCCCGAGCAGCAGGAGUCGAGUCCCAGUCUGCCAGUACCUCAUACAGACGAAAAACGUUUCAUAUGCUCAGUUUGUGACACAACUUUUCAAUCGAAAGGAGAUGUUGUGAAGCACAUGACAGUCCAUACAGGAGAGAAGCAAUAUAGCUGCAGUGUUUGUGACAGUGUAUUCACUGGUCCUCUUCAUCUUAAAAACCAUCCGUGUGUGGGCCGUCGGUCCUUGCAGCUUCAUCAAAGCCUAACUAAACAGAUGGACACAGAAGCUGAUGGAAAGGACUGUGGAGGACCAGAACCAGUCAGGAACACCUAUUCAGAUAGACAUUUACAACCAGAUAGUCAUGACAAGACUUCACACUUCUCUGAACCUGAGACUGAUUUGGAGGAGAGCAGGGAACCUCAGUCAGGUUCAAGCCCUCUUCACAAUAACAUUGAAUGUAACACUGGUGAGAAACCAUUUAGCUGCACUGAGUGUGGUAAACUAUUCCUCAGAAACACAGAUCUGAAGAGACACAUGAACACUCAUACAGGAAAUAAAACAUUUAGUUGUUCAGUUUGCAGUAAAAACUUUAGUCAUAGCGAAAGUCUGACACAACACAUGUCUCUCCAUGUGGAAGAAAAUGGAUACAUUUGCAGUGUUUGUGGCAAAACAUUGACUUCGUGGCCGCAGUUAGUAAACCAUCGAUGUGUUCAGCGGUUCUCAUCGCUUCAAAGACUUACUAAACAGAAGAAUGCAGGAGCAAAGGGAGAGGACUGUGGAGGACCACAAUUAGCCAGGAACUCUGAUACAGUUGGACGUGUACAACCAGAUAUUCAUGACCAGACUUCACACACAGAACCUGAAACUGAUAAUACUGAUAACACUCUGCAAAACCGUAAAGUACCUGGAUGUGAUCGGGAAUGUAAUACUGGAAAAACAGCAACUAGCUCCUCUGAAUGUGCUACAAGCUCUGGCCCCAAGGAAACCCAAACAAGAGGGAAGCCAUUUAGUUGGUCAGUUUGCAGUACAGAACUUUGUCAAAAGGAAAGUCUGACACUCCCCAUGGUAGAGAAACGAUACUGGUGCAAGGUUUGUGGCGAAAGCUUUACUUUGUCGAAGAUCAAGUACCAUCAGUGUGUUGGGCGUCAGUCCUCGCACCUUCACCAAAGCCAAACUGAAGAGAACAGAGAUGUAGAGCUUCUGAAAACAGAAGUUGAUGGAGAGGACUGUGGAGGACCAGAACCAGUCAGGAACUUGAAUCCCGAUGGACAUCUACAACCAGAUACUCAUGACAAGACUUCACACACUGAACCUGAAACUGAUAAUACUGGUGAUUGGGAGGAGGCCAGUGAACCUCAAUCAGGUUCAAACCCUCUGCAAGACAGUGAAGUACCUGGAAAUGAUCAGGACUGUAGAACUGGAAAAACAUCAAGGAGCUCCUCCAAAUGUGCUUCAAGCUCUGGUCACAAGAGACAUCUGCAGGAACACAAUUAUACCGUAGCAGGAGAUGGACCAUUUAGUUGCUCAGUUUGCAGUAAAAACUUUAACCAAAGGGAAAGUCUGACACAACACAUGUUACUCCAUGUGGGAGAAAAACGAUACUGGUGCAGUGUUUGUGACGAAAGCUUUACUUGGUCCAUACUCAAGUACCAUCAGUGUGCUGGUCGUCAGUCCUCGCACCUUCACCAAAGCCAAACUGAACAGAACAGAGAUGCAGAGCUUGUGAAAACAGAAGCUGAUGGAGAGGACUGUGGAGUACCAGGACCAUUCAGGAACUCCGAUACAGAGGGACAUUUACAACCAGCGACUGAUGACAAGACUUCACACUUAUCUGAACUUGGAACUGAUUUGAACGAGACCAGUGAACCUCAGUCAGGUUUAAAUCAUGUGCAAAACAAUGAAAUACCUGGAAGUGGUCAGGAAUGUAAUACUGAUAAAACAUCAACUAGAUCUUCUGAAUGUGCUUCAAGCUCUGACCACAAGAGACAUCUGCAGGAACACAAUUAUACCCUAACAGGAGAUGGACCAUUUAGUUGCUCAGUUUGCAGUAAAAACUUAAGUGGAAGGGAAAGUCUGACACAACACAUGUCACUCCAUGUGGGAGAAAAACGAUACUGGUGCAGUGUUUGUGACGAAAGCUUUACUUGGUCCAUACUCAAGUACCAUCAGUGUGCUGGUCGUCAGUCCUCGCACCUUCACCAAAGCCAAACUGAACAGAACAGAGAUGCAGAGCUUGUGAAAACAGAAGCUGAUGGAGAGGACUGUGGAGUACCAGGACCAUUCAGGAACUCCGAUACAGAGGGACAUUUACAACCAGCGACUGAUGACAAGACUUCACACUUAUCUGAACUUGGAACUGAUUUGAACGAGACCAGUGAACCUCAGUCAGGUUUAAAUCAUGUGCAAAACAAUGAAAUACCUGGAAGUGGUCAGGAAUGUAAUACUGAUAAAACAUCAACUAGAUCUUCUGAAUGUGCUUCAAGCUCUGACCACAAGAGACAUCUGCAGGAACACAAUUAUACCCUAACAGGAGAUGGACCAUUUAGUUGCUCAGUUUGCAGUAAAAACUUAAGUGGAAGGGAAAGUCUGACACAACACAUGUCACUCCAUGUGGGAGAAAAACGAUACUGGUGCAGUGUUUGUGACGAAAGCUUUACUUGGUCCAUACUCAAGUACCAUCAGUGUGCUGGUCGUCAGUCCUCGCACCUUCACCAAAGCCAAACUGAACAGAACAGAGAUGCAGAGCUUGUGAAAACAGAAGCUGAUGGAGAGGACUGUGGAGUACCAGGACCAUUCAGGAACUCCGAUACAGAGGGACAUUUACAACCAGCGACUGAUGACAAGACUUCACACUUAUCUGAACUUGGAACUGAUUUGAACGAGACCAGUGAACCUCAGUCGGGUUUAAAUCAUGUGCAAAACAAUGAAAUACCUGGAAGUGGUCAGGAAUGUAAUACUGAUAAAACAUCAACUAGAUUUUCUGAAUGUGCUUCAAGCUCUGACCACAAGGAAACCCAAACGGCAAAGAAACAAUUUAGUUCAGUUUUCAGAACAAAAUUUGCUCAAAGGAAAAGUCUUACACUGCCCAUGAUAGGUAAACAAUACAGCUGCAGUGUUUGCGACAAAAGCUUUACUUGGUGGUCCCAGCUCAAAAACCAUCAGUGUGUUGGACCUCAGUCCUCACGGCUUCAUCAAAGACUAACUGAACAGAUGGAAACGGAAGCUGAUGUAGAGGACUGUGGAGGACCAGAACUAGCCAGGAACUCAGAUCCAGAUAGAGAUUUAGAACUAAAUGCUGAUGACAAGACUGAAAACUCUUCUCAUACCGAAACAGAUAGAAAUUGUGAUUGGGAGGAGACCAGGGAACCUCCGUCAGGUUCAAACCCUCUGCCCAGGGAAGUACCUGUAAGGGACGUGGAAUGUAAAACUAGAAAAACAUCCAGGAGCUCCACAUGGGCUACAAGCUCUAGCCUUAAGGGACGUCUGCAGAAACACAAUGGACUACAAAAAGAUGAGAAACCAUUUAGCUGCUCAGUUUGUGGUAAAAGAUACACCUUGAAGAGCUCCUUAACGCGUCAUAUGAUACUUCAUUCAGAAGAAAAAGGCUUCAGCUGCUCAGUUUGUAAAAACACUUUUCUAUGUAGAGAAGAUGUGGUGAGACACAAGAAAAUUCACACAAGGAAGAAGAAACAAUACAGCUGCAGUGUUUGUGGCAAAAGAUUCACCAGGCCAUCCCAGCUCAAAAACCAUCAGUGUGUUGGUCGUCAGUCCUCACAGGUUCAUCAAGGACAAAUAGAAGAGAACAGAGAUGUACAGCUUUUGAAAACAAAAGCUGAUGGAGAAGACUGUGGAGGACCAGAACCAGCCAGGAACUCGCAUCCAGAUAGACAUUUACAACCAGAUACUGAUGACAAGACUGAAAACUCUUCUGAUCCUGAAACUGAUGACAGUUGUGAUUGGGAGGAGACCAGGGAAUCUCAGUCAGGUUCAAACUCUCUGCAAAAACAUGAAGUACCUGGACGUGACCAGGAAUGUAGUACUGGAACAACAUCAAGGAGCACCUCUGAAUGUGCUGCAAACUCUGGCCACAAGGGACGUCUGCAGAAACACAAUGGAUGCCAAAAAGGAGAGAAACCAUUCAGCUGCUCAGUUUGUGGUAAAAGAUACACCUUGAAGAGCUCCUUAACGCGUCAUAUGAUACUUCAUUCAGAAGAAAAAGGCUUCAGCUGCUCAGUUUGUAAAAACACUUUUCUAUGUAGAGAAGAUGUGGUGAGACACAAGAAAAUUCACACAAGGAAGAAGAAACAAUACAGCUGCAGUGUUUGUGGCAAAAGAUUCACCAGGCCAUCCCAGCUCAAAAACCAUCAGUGUGUUGGUCGUCAGUCCUCACAGGUUCAUCAAGGACAAAUAGAAGAGAACAGAGAUGUACAGCUUUUGAAAACAAAAGCUGAUGGAGAAGACUGUGGAGGACCAGAACCAGCCAGGAACUCGCAUCCAGAUAGACAUUUACAACCAGAUACUGAUGACAAGACUGAAAACUCUUCUGAUCCUGAAACUGAUGACAGUUGUGAUUGGGAGGAGACCAGGGAAUCUCAGUCAGGUUCAAACUCUCUGCAAAAACAUGAAGUACCUGGACGUGACCAGGAAUGUAGUACUGGAACAACAUCAAGGAGCACCUCUGAAUGUGCUGCAAACUCUGGCCACAAGGGACGUCUGCAGAAACACAAUGGAUGCCAAAAAGGAGAGAAACCAUUCAGCUGCUCAGUUUGUGGUAAAAGAUACACCUUGAAGAGCUCCUUAACGCGUCAUAUGAUACUUCAUUCAGAAGAAAAAGGCUUCAGCUGCUCAGUUUGUAAAAACACUUUUCUAUGUAGAGAAGAUGUGGUGAGACACAAGAAAAUUCACAAAAGGAAGAAGAAACAAUACAGCUGCAGUGUUUGUGGCAAAAGAUUCACCAGGCCAUCCCAGCUCAAAAACCAUCAGUGUGUUGGUCGUCAGUCCACACAGGUUCAUCAAAGACAAAUAAAAGAUAACAGAGAUGCAGAGCUUGUGAAAACAAAAGCUGAUGGAGAGGUCUGUGGAGGACCAGAACCAGCCAGGAACUCGGAUCCAGAUAGACCUUCACAUUCAGCUGCUGAUGACAAGAUGUUACCCGCAUCUGAACCCCGGACCAGUUGGGAAGGAGAGACGCUUCGAGGGCUGGAGGAGGCUGAUAUCAUCAAGUUCCCAUUUAGUCCUGUCUCUGUGAAGAGUGAAGAAGACGAUGAAGAGAAACCUCAGUCCCCACAGCUUCAUCAAAGACUCACUGAACAGAUGGAAACAGAAACUGAUGGAGAGGACUGUGGAGGACCAGAACCAGCCAGGAACUCGGAUCCAGAUAGACCUUCACAUUCAGCUGCUGAUGACAAGACUGAAAACUCUUCUGAUCCUGAAACUGAUGACAGUUGUGACUGGGAGGAGACCAGGGAACCUCAGUCAGGUUCAAACUCUCUGCAAAAACAUGAAGUACCUGGACGUGACCAGGAAUGUAGUACUGGAACAACAUCAAGGAGCACCUCUGAAUGUGCUGCAAACUCUGGCCACAAGGGACGUCUGCAGAAACACAAUGGAUGCCAAAAAGGAGAGAAACCAUUCAGCUGCUCAGUUUGUGGUAAAAGAUACACCUUGAAGAGCUCCUUAACGCGUCAUAUGAUACUUCAUUCAGAAGAAAAAGUUUUCAGCUGCUCCGUUUGUAAAAACACUUUUCUAUGCAGAGAAGAGUUUAAGAAGCACAUGAAAAUUCACAAAAGGAAGAAGAAACAAUACAGCUGCAGUGUUUGUGGCAAAAGAUUCUCCAGGCGGUCCCAGUUUAAAAAACAUCAGUGUGUUGGUCGUCAGUCCUCACAGGUUCAUCAAGGCCAAACUGAAGAGACCAGAGAUGAGGAGCUUGUGAAAACAGAAGCUGGUGGAGAGGUCUGUGGAGGACUGGAGCCAGCGAGGAACUCUGAUACAGAUCUAAAACCAUCGACAAAUGACAAGACUUCACCCUUCUCUGGACCUAGGACUGAUUUGGAGGAGAACAGGGAACCUCAGUCAGGUUCAAACCCUGUGCAAAAUAAUACUCAAUGCAACACUGGUAAGAAACCAUUUAGCUGCGCAGAGUGUGGGAAACUGUUUCGCAAAAAAUCUAAAAUGAAGACGCACAUGAAAAAUCACACAAGAGAUGAACUAUUUAGUUGUUCAGUUUGCAGUAAAGUAUUUAAUCGGAGGAUACAUCUGAAAGAACACAAGGCAACCCACACAAAGGAUUACAACUGCAGUGUUUGUGGCAAAAGAUUCACCAGGCGGUCCAAGUUUAUAAAACAUCAGUGUGUUGACCGUCAGUCCUCACAGCUUCAUCAAGGCCUACCAGAAGAGAACAGAGAUGAGGAGCUUGUGAAAGCAGAAGCUGGUGGAGAGGACUGUGGAGGACUGGAGCCAGCGAGGAACUCGGAUACAGAUUUACAAUCAUCGACAAAUGACAAGACUUCACCCUUCUCUGGACCUAGGACUGAUUUGGAGGAGACCAGGGAACCUCAGUCAGGUUCAAACCCUGUGCAAAACAAUACUCAAUGCAACACUGGUAAGAAACCAUUUAGCUGCGCAGAGUGUGGGAAACUGUUUUGCAAAAAAUCUAAAAUGAAGACGCACAUGAAAAAUCACACAAGAGAUGAACUAUUUAGUUGUUCAGUUUGCAGUAAAGUAUUUAAUCGGAGGAUACAUCUGAAAGAACACAAGGCAACCCACACAAAGGAUUACAACUGCAGUGUUUGUGGCAAAAGAUUCACCAGGCGGUCCAAGUUUAUAAAACAUCAGUGUGUUGACCGUCAGUCCUCACAGCUUCAUCAAGGCCUACCAGAAGAGAACAGAGAUGAGGAGCUUGUGAAAGCAGAAGCUGGUGGAGAGGACUGUGGAGGACUGGAGCCAGCGAGGAACUCGGAUACAGAUUUACAAUCAUCGACAAAUGACAAGACUUCACCCUUCUCUGGACCUAGGACUGAUUUGGAGGAGACCAGGGAACCUCAGUCAGGUUCAAACCCUGUGCAAAACAAUACUCAAUGCAACACUGGUAAGAAACCAUUUAGCUGCGCAGAGUGUGGGAAACUGUUUUGCAAAAAAUCUAAAAUGAAGACGCACAUGAAAAAUCACACAAGAGAUGAACUAUUUAGUUGUUCAGUUUGCAGUAAAGUAUUUAAUCGGAGGAUACAUCUGAAAGAACACAAGGCAACCCACACAAAGGAUUACAACUGCAGUGUUUGUGGCAAAAGAUUCACCAGGCGGUCCAAGUUUAUAAAACAUCAGUGUGUUGACCGUCAGUCCUCACAGCUUCAUCAAGGCCUACCAGAAGAGAACAGAGAUGAGGAGCUUGUGCAAGCAGAAGCUGGUGGAGAGGACUGUGGAGGACUGGAGCCAGCGAGGAACUUGAACAAAGAGGGACAUUUACAACCAGCGACUGAUGACAAGACUUCACAGUUCUCUGAACCUAAGGCUGAUUUGGAGGAGACCAGGGAGCCUCAGUCAGGUUCAAACCCUCUGCAAAGCAAUGAAGUACCUCUGCAGGAACACAUUGGACUUCAAACACCAGAGCUCCCACACAUAAAAGAGAAGUCCAGCCCCAGCAUGGACCAGGAGGACCCACCAGAGCGCCCGCUCAUUAAAGAGGAACAGGAUGAACUCUGGACCAGUCAGGAGGGAAAGCAGCUUCAAGAGCAUCAAAGACUAACUGAGCACAUGGAAACAAAAACUGAUGGAGAGGGCUGUGGAGGACCAGAACCAGCCAGGAACUCCGAUCCAGAUGGACAUUUUCAACCUGAGGUUGAUGACAAGAUGUCCCACUCUGAACCUAAGACUGAUGACAGUUGUGAUUGGGAGGAGACCAGGGAGCCUCAGUCAGGUUCAAAGCCUUCACAAAACAAUGAAGUACCUGUAAGUGAUCAGGAAUGUAGUACUGUAAAAACAUCAAGUAGCUCCUCUGAAUGUGCUACAAGCUCUGGCCACAAACCCAAUGAUGUACCUGUAAGUGAUCAGGAAUGUACUACUGUAAAAACAUCAAGUAGCUCCUCUGAAUGUGCUACAAGCUCUGGCCACAAACCCAAUGAUGUACCUGUAAGUGAUCAGGAAUGUACUACUGUAAAAACAUCAAGUAGCUCCUCUGAAUGUGCUACAAGCUCUGGCCACAAACCCAAUGAUGUACCUGUAAGUGAUCAGGAAUGUACUACUGUAAAAACAUCAAGUAGCUCCUCUGAAUGUGCUACAAGCUCUGGCCACAAACCCAAUGAUGUACCUGUAAGUGAUCAGGAAUGUACUACUGUAAAAACAUCAAGUAGCUCCUCUGAAUGUGCUACAAGCUCUGGCCACAAACCCAAUGAUGUACCUGUAAGUGAUCAGGAAUGUACUACUGUAAAAACAUCAAGUAGCUCCUCUGAAUGUGCUACAAGCUCUGGCCACAAACCCAAUGAUGUACCUGUAAGUGAUCAGGAAUGUACUACUGUAAAAACAUCAAGUAGCUCCUCUGAAUGUGCUACAAGCUCUGGCCACAAACCCAAUGAUGUACCUGUAAGUGAUCAGGAAUGUAGUACUGUAAAAACACCAAGUAGCUCCUCUGAAUGUGCUACAAGCUCUGGCCACAAACCCAAUGAUGUACCUGUAAGUGAUCAGGAAUGUAGUACUGUAAAAACACCAAGUAGCUCCUCUGAAUGUGCUACAAGCUCUGGCCACAAACCCAAUGAUGUACCUGUAAGUGAUCAGGAAUGUAGUACUGUAAAAACACCAAGUAGCUCCUCUGAAUGUGCUACAAGCUCUGGCCACAAACCCAAUGAUGUACCUGUAAGUGAUCAGGAAUGUAGUACUGUAAAAACACCAAGUAGCUCCUCUGAAUGUGCUACAAGCUCUGGCCACAAACCCAAUGAUGUACCUGUAAGUGAUCAGGAAUGUAGUACUGUAAAAACACCAAGUAGCUCCUCUGAAUGUGCUACAAGCUCUGGCCACAAACCCAAUGAUGUACCUGUAAGUGAUCAGGAAUGUAGUACUGUAAAAACACCAAGUAGCUCCUCUGAAUGUGCUACAAGCUCUGGCCACAAACCCAAUGAUGUACCUGUAAGUGAUCAGGAAUGUAGUACUGUAAAAACACCAAGUAGCUCCUCUGAAUGUGCUACAAGCUCUGGCCACAAACCCAAUGAUGUACCUGUAAGUGAUCAGGAAUGUAGUACUGUAAAAACACCAAGUAGCUCCUCUGAAUGUGCUACAAGCUCUGGCCACAAACCCAAUGAUGUACCUGUAAGUGAUCAGGAAUGUAGUACUGUAAAAACACCAAGUAGCUCCUCUGAAUGUGCUACAAGCUCUGGCCACAAACCCAAUGAUGUACCUGUAAGUGAUCAGGAAUGUAGUACUGUAAAAACACCAAGUAGCUCCUCUGAAUGUGCAACAAGCUCUGGCCGCAAGGGACGUCUGCAGAAACAGAAUAAAGUCCAACAAGAGAUGCCAUUUACUUGCUCAGUUUGUGGUAAGGGAUACUUAGGGAAGAACUCCUUAACGGGACAUAUGAGAAUUCAUCGAGAAGUAAAAGAUUUCAGCUGCUCAGAUUGUGAUAAAAAGUUUCAUUCAAGAAACAGUCUGUCCAAACACAAGAAAAACGACCACGCUGGGGAGAUGCCGUUUACUUGUUAUAUCUGUGGUAAAAGAUUCGUACUACAGAAACAGCUGAGUCGACACAUGAAUGUAGGGCUGCAUUUAACAGUUCUUUCUUAAUUAAUAAAUCAGAAGACUGUUUGUUAUUACUCAAUUAAAGUUGGAGUAGGUGCCAAUUCAGAAAAUAUGUUUUCAUGAUCUGUUAGCUGUCCGUUCUGUGUGCGUGCUUAAACAAUAUCUGGCGUUUGUUUUCAAAGUGGGAAACCACCGCACAUGUUCUGUGUCAGUAACGUUAACACGAGGGUUUCAUGACCGUCGCAGUCUGUCAGGGUCUUCCUGACGCUUUAGUUCUAUACUUCAGACUGAAGAUUUUUUUUCCUCUUUCAGCUCUGUGAACAUAUUUACUUUGACAAGUUAGUGCAACUCUUUCAGGAUAAAGAUUCAUUUUGAAAUUAUAUAUUUUUUUAAACAUAUUUUACUAGACAUUUUCGCAGCUUCAACAUGUCUUCAGUGGUUUUUAAACAGUGUUUGUUAAUAAUUCAUUUUCUGUUGAUUUAUGACAUGAAUCCAUUGUAAACAUUUGAAGUUUCUGAUUAAAAUGUGUAAUGCUGUAAUGACUGUGUUGAACUAUCAUUUGGAAAACCAGAUAGUUAUGGAAAUUAAGUCAUUUAUAGAUCAUCUGUAGCAGUAACUGUAAAUGAUCCAAAUGCAACGUAUGAAAGUGAGUAAUGGCUGCUAAAUUAUGGCAACAUAGUGACAUGUAAUAUAAUUUAAUUGAUUUUAAGUAC